AUGAUGCAGCCAUCUGAAGAUGCACCUGAGGUUACAAUUUCGUCGCCUCCUAUACGACAGGUGAGGGAGAGAGGACAAAGGUUCAAAAGUACUCCGCCACGAAGGCCAUAUUGGCUUCCAUAUGAAAAAUCACAGGGAGAGGGCUCAAGUAGGUUGCAUGAAUCUGUGUUGCCUGAGUUUGUGCCUGUGGUGAGUGAGUCUUCUGUUCCUGGUUCUUCAGUCGCACAUGCACCUCUAGUUCCUGAGACUACUGUGUCAGAUAUGGAUUCGGAUGAUUGGGAUGAUGUUCCUCUAGCUCGAUUAUUGAAGAGGACUUUAAUUCUAGAUGUUUCAAAUAAGCUUCAUGUUGAUUCCCUUAGUUCCAUUCAUUCACAGGAAAGUUCGUCAACUGAAGGAGUAUUUAUUCCUACUCCUGGUAUUCCCCCAGCAUCUAAUGUUCAAUCUGGGCCGUUAGCUUGUUCCCCUCCUUCAUCGCCACUUCCAUUUGCUUCGGUUGAUGCUGAUGAAUCUGUUCCUGACGAUGUUCUUAGUGAUAUUUCUGCUGCACUUGUGGGGCAAACUGAUGUUCAAAGUAAUGAGGAUGAGGUUGAACCUCCACACCCUGAUAUAUGCACUGAAGAAGUUUCUACCAAUGAUGAUAACAAUUCUACUGUUCCACCUACUUCUUCUGAUAUCCCCGUUGCACCUAAGCCAGCAAAGAGGAAAUCUCAACAAAAUAGGCGUAAUAUAACUACCAAAACAGGUAGAAAAAAGAUUCCUCCGAAUAUUCCUUCUGUCCCCAUUGAUGGAAUAUCCUUUCAUCACGAGGAGAGUGUGCAACAUUGGAAGUUCGUGGUGCAGCGAAGGAUAGUAGGUGAGGUAAAUGUUUCUGACAAACAUCAAUCUUGCAUGAGUAUUAUGGACCUUAUUGAAAGGGCUGGUUUAGCAAAAACUAUUUUGAGCGCCGGUCCAUUUUAUCCCCAACUUAUUAGAGAGUUUGUAGUUAAUUUGCCUAAUGAAUUGAAUGAUCCAAGUAGCCCGGAUUAUCAGACAAUUCGUAUUUGGGGGUUCAAAUUUGUGAUUUCUCCUAUUGUGAUUAACGGGUUUCUAGGAAAUGUUAUUGAUGUUGAUUGUUCUCCAUCGUCUCCUUCCACUGAUAUUCUGGCUUCUGUCUUAUCUAGUGGGACUUUGUCUACAUGGCCUGUCAAUGGAAUUCCUGUAGUUGCUCUCAGCAUCAAAUAUGUCAUCUUGCAUAAGAUUGACAUUGCUAAUUGGUUCCCCUCUUCUCAUGCCUCCAGUGUAUCUGUUGCCUUUGGAACAUUUUUCCUGCUACUUCACUUAAAUGGGGUUGUGCUCACUGCAAUUGAUGUUCCUGGACCUGACCCUAAAACAUUAGCCCUUAGCUACAGACUCUUUCAGGGUAGUCAGGUGCCUGAUAUUGAUCAUGAUGUGCAUCCAUCUCGUGGCCCGCACAUUUUCGAUACUAGUGACUGGGAUGAGUCUGUUAAAGGUUUCUUUGUUGAUCGUGAGUUAGCUGCCCGCAUUGUUAAUGCUCUUACUGCUGAAUCUCUCCAUCAAUCUAUUGUCUAA